UCGAUAGUUCGAUAAGAAUGCAUAUUUCGACAUCCCUAUUUUGAGCCAAAAAGUUGUAUUUUUUUUGUGGACAACAAACGUCUCGCGUGUGACCGAAUCGAGGAGAUAUUGUGUGCAACGAUUAGCUAAACGGCGACCCCCGACCGCCAUGCACACGGAUUAAUACAAGAGUUCGGCCAGUGAGGGCAGUAUUGCGGAAUACCAAGUGCAAUAAUACCCAUUAGGUGGCACUCACUCGAUGAGUGAGAGUGAGCGAGACCUAGAGCAAGAGCGAGAGGGCUGGGGGUAAAGGCAAGAAGAAGCAGUACCACAAAAACGACUCACACUGACGCCGCACACACACACGUGUGUGUGCGAGUGUGUGUGUGUGAGAGCUGCUGCUGCUGCUGGCUCCUCUGUGUGUGUGUGUGUGUGUGUGUGUAUAAGUGAUUUUGGGACUCUCUUGUGAGCUCCCAGCUCCACUCGGAGCACUUAGAGCACUCAGAGCUGAGACGGCCACCGGAACAUAAACAGAAUCGGAGAAAAGACUCAACCUGAACGUCGCCACUUUCCACUCACAACAAAUAAUAAUGUCGGCGCAGGGCGAGGGUAGUGGCGGGGGCGGCAAUAGUGCCGGAAGCGGUGGAGGCGGCGCCGGUGGUGGAUCAUCUGCCGGCGAGGGCGGUAAUCCGGGAGGUGGGAGCUCCACCGGUGGCGGCACCACCACCGUGGUGGUCACCAACGGUGGCAGUGGCGGGAACAAGAGCCAACUGCCGCUGACCCCGCGCUUCACCGCCGAGGAGAAGGACGUCCUCUAUGGACUGUUCCAUCUGCACGAGGAGGUCAUCGACAUCAAGCACCGGAAGAAGCAGCGCAACAAGUACUCCGUCCGCGAGACCUGGGACAAGAUAGUCCGCGACUUCAACUCCCACCCGCACGUCAGUGCCAUGCGGAACAUCAAGCAGAUCCAGAAGUUCUGGCUGAACUCGAGACUCCGGAAACAGUAUCCCUAUCGGGAUGGCACCUCCUCCAAUCUCAGCUCUGGCAGCGCCAAGAUCAGCUCCGUGUCCGUCUCCGUCUCGGCGGCCGUCAGCCAGCAGCAGCAGCACCACGAGGGCGUCAAGGUGGAGCCGGAGUACCAGAUCAGUCCCGACGCCUCCGAGCACAAUCCCCAGGCCGAUACCUUCGACGAGAUCGAGAUGGAUGCCAACGAUGUGAGUGAGAUCGAUGAGGAUCCCAUGGACGCCCAGCAGCAGCAGCAGGAGGCUCAGGCCCAGGCCCAGGCCCAAGUCCAAGCCCAGCAGCAGCAGCAACAACAACAGCAACAGCAGUCGGCGGCCGCCGAGAUGCAGAAGAUGCAGGUCUCGGCGGCGGCAGCGGCAGUGGCGGCGGCGGCCAAUGCCACCAUGCUGAACACCCACCAGAUCAACGUGGACCAGAUCAGUGCCGAGAAGCUAACUCUCAACGACCUGCUCCAAUUCAAGACGGCGCGGCCGCGCGAGGAGAUCAUCCUGCAGAUCAAGCACCCGGCGGAGGGGACAGUCCUCCAACCGACAGCCACGCAGAUCCACACGAUACCCUCCCAGCCGCAGCAGCACACGAUGGCCACCAUCACCGCCGGCGGCUACAACCAGCAGAUCAUCAGCGAGAUCAAGCCCCAGCAGAUCACCCUGGCCCAGUACCAGGCCCAGCAGCAGCAGCAGGCCCAAGCCCAGGCGCAGGCUCAAGCCCAGGCUCAGGCCCAGGCCCAGGCACAGGCACAGGCCCAGCAACUGGCCCAGCAGCAGCUGGCGGCGCAGCAACAGCAACUGGCCGUCGCCGUCCACCACCAGCAGCAGCAGCAGCAGGUGGCCGUCGCCCAGCAGCAGGCGGUGCAGCAACAGGCGGCGGCCGCCGGCCUCAAGAUGCAACUGACCGCCGCCACGCCCACCUUCACGUUCAGCGCCCUGCCCACGGUGACGGCGUCGGCGACAGUCCCUGUUCCGGUGGCCACUGCCACGGCGCCGGCUAAUCCCGUGGCCGGGAAUGGAGCGGCGGGUGGCGCCAACACCUCCGCGGUGAGCAACACCAGUCUCAUCGGCGGAGGGGGCGGAGGUGGCGUGGUGGCCGGAGGAUCGGUCACCUCGGCGCAGGACAACUACGAGGAGCGGAUGAACUACUUCAAGGUGCGGGAGGCGGAGCUGCGGUGCAAGGAGCAGCAGCUGGCCACCGAGGCGAAGCGCAUCGAGCUGAACAAGGCCCAGGACGAGCUGAAGUACAUGCGGGAGGUGCAUCGGCUGCGGGUCGAGGAGCUCAAGAUGAAGAUCCGGAUACUGCAGAAGGAGGAGGAGCAGCUGCGCAAGUGCUCGGGGUCAUGAGACCUGGAGGACAUCAGCGAUCCGGACGAGGGGGAGGAGGAUGAGGAGGAGUCCGGAUCCUCCUCUUAUCUGGAUCGUUUCGGGUCCUCGGGGGGCUUCUAGUUCUAAGUCUUAGAGCCACACAUCCUAGAUUAUAGAUUCCCCUCCCACACCCCCACUCCCCCUCUUGAUUAUCCAGAGAUCCUGUGUUUUUUUUUUUUUGUAACUCUUUUUAGGGGCGGGGGCCCGCAGCUGGCGGGGAUUAGCGGAUAAGCCAUCACUAAUUGUAAAUCACAGAUCACACACCGAAUUAUACACAAAUAGAGAGUGGGCGUGGCCACCUAAUCCACGACGAGAACUUGGAA